CCUAUCAAAAAUGUAGAUUCAAGUCCGUCAACGUUCGUUUUUUCCGUGACGGCCUCGGUGUUAAUAAAUGCUGCCCGAUUGUUUUCGCGUAGCCACCGAUACGAGAGAGAAGAUAUAUCCUCGUCGCGCGAAAAUAUCGUAAUGCUCUUCCCAGUCGAAGUAUUGGUCACUGGACGAGUGUGACGUGAUUAUAUCAUCGCGAGAAGUAUGAAGAUGUUCCGCGGUGUUACAUCGGCAUAUUUUUGCGCCCAGUGAACGGGAAUAUACCGAACAAUAUACCUACCGCUCGUUAUUCGCGUGCAACUUGGUAGCUUGUUAAGUAGCUAUUUUCACCUGCGCGUUCGUGAAAGCAUCCUGGAGUAGCUAUUUUUACGACACUUUUUUACUUUUAUUUGCGUUGUACGCGGCGUUUCGAAUUAACGGAACGAAUCAAAUGCGCGUUUGAAUUAAUUAUCGUUAUUGCGUAGCGCUUAUCAUAGUUUCUUUUCAAGCGACAAUAGUUGUGGCGUGUCCAACACAAAGCGCGAUAAUUCCCGGAAUAUAAUUGAAAUCAAUUAGUUCGCAACGGUAAUAAAACGCAUCGCGAUAGUGCGCUAUCCCUCGCCGAAAAGUCGAUAAAUUUUCCCUCUCCCUCUCUCCGAUCCUCUUUUCUCUUUGCGCCGCGGCGCGAGAUAUUCUUUGUUCGAUAAAUCAACGUCGAUUUCAUCCCUACGUGAGCAUCAAUUACAAGACUCUUCUCGAGACAUUAAUUUAUUAUCGGAGAGAAACGUAAUCUCACGGGCGAUUGAUACACUCGUCGCUGAGGCGAGUAACACAAAAACAAUCGUCGGUUCAUCGCUAAUAAACAAAAGAGGGGAAAAAAGAGGAGAAAGAGAAAGAGUUCAAGCAGCUUUUGGCAGCAGUAUGAAGAUGACAGACGAACUACUGUUUUCCGCUCUUGGCCUGACGACGGACACCAGCAUCGAGAGACAGCUAUUUUCCCCGACCAGAACGAAUUUACCUAACGAUUACGAGGUCUCGUGCGCGACUCCGCUUAGCGAUGAUUUCGGGAUACUCGACAGCCAGUUAAACGUGACAAAUCCGACAGAUUGCUACACCGACUUAACUUGUUCUCCGCAAUCGUCUUGGAACGACUGGUCGAUCACCAAUACGCCCACAUCUUCAGGUUAUUUGAGCGAACUGGGCGAAUUGGAUUCGGAGCUGGAUUGGUGUCUGGAGAAGAGCUGGGACUCCGGUCUACCGGAAAGAACGCCACUGUGCACCGCAGGGUGCGAAGGAUUUCUGCAUUUGCCGCCCCAGCCGAAUCCGCAACAGAUGCCACAAUAUGAGGAACCGUUGCUAGUACUCGGCAUCGAUUUACGAGCGUUGGAAAACACAUUAGGAACAAAUACGAUAGAUUAUAACAACAACCAGUUAGACGACAGUCUCUUAAUUUCAUCAGCAGCUACUGCCGCUUUAGCAACUCACGAUUACACCAAUCGUAGCUUAGCAAAUGCGUCCGAAGACCGAUGCUUCCCAUGUACCUACCAAGGGUGCUUAAAAGUAUACGCCAAGGCGUCUCAUUUAAAGGCUCAUUUACGACGACAUACCGGCGAGAAACCGUUUGCGUGCACUUGGGCCGGUUGCGUAUGGCGUUUCAGUCGAUCGGACGAGCUGGCGAGGCACCGACGAUCGCACUCGGGCAUUAAACCGUACCCGUGCGAGAUGUGCUCGAAAAGAUUCGCGCGUAGCGAUCAUUUAGCCAAGCAUCGUAAGGUGCACCGGAAAAAUGCCUACCCAUUGUUCCAUGGAGCUAGAGGACUACGUGGCAGCAAGAUAAAUGUUUUACCAUCGGAAAUCUAAGAUACCUGCGCCUGCCUCUCGUGUCUUUUCGAAUUUUCUCCUAAUUAAUGAACCAAAGUUUAUCACUAAGAACAUGAAACAAUGCUGCAGCAUAGUUUCUAUAUAAAUUAACAAAUAAAGUACUUAAACUGAUUCUAUAUAUAUAAAUGUAAGAAGGUAUGACUUGUGCCAAAUUAAUAAUAUAUGUAGAUAUAAAUUAGUGGGUCUUAAUAUUUUCGGCGGCUAACCCUCAUUGGAUUCUUAAAAUAUUCUUAAUACACUUGCAUUCCUCUAUCUUUCAAAAACCGCUAGUAUUAACUCUAAUGAAAUAGUGUCAUAAAUAUUGUGUUAAAAUCGAAAAAUUUAUAAUAUAUACAUUUUGUAAUGUAUGCUGGAAAAUUGUUUCGAUUGCAAAAAAGAAACAGAAGCGUGUGAUAAAUGGAAGGGUUACAUUAAAUUGAAUGAGAUAUUCAA